GUGCAGUUUGCCAGAUCUCACAGUAAUGUUACUCAAUCAACCAGAUAAGCAAACGUUUAGGGCGGUCGAAUGUAUAGUACCGUGACUAGGUAGCUAGAUGUUGCGGAGCUCGCUGAUGCAAAGCUACAUUUUAAUGGUAGGACGAAGUUUUGUUUCAGGCCGGGGGCCGCUUUAAGCAGUCUGUGACAUUUGGACUAGUUUGACAAGCCACGGCACUGGCACUGUGCUGAUACUGACUGGACUGGAAUAAUUUGUUUUGACUUCAUCUCUCUCCACAACGGCCUAGCGAAGGCUCCUCUUUUAUAACGCUAAAGAAGAUAAACAUGAGCUUUCUAUUUGGCAAUCGGUCUUCAAAGACCUUCAAGCCCAAGAAGAACAUCCCAGAGGGAUCUCACCAGUAUGAGCUGUUGAAACAUGCCGAGGCGACACUGGGCAGUGGGAACUUACGCAUGGCUGUCAUGCUGCCCGAUGGGGAAGACUUGAACGAGUGGGUGGCUGUCAACACUGUAGAUUUCUUCAACCAGAUCAACAUGCUCUAUGGUACCAUAACAGACUUCUGCACUGARGAGAGCUGUCCUGUCAUGUCUGCUGGGCCCAAAUAUGAGUAUCAUUGGGCAGAUGGAACCAACAUCAAAAAGCCGAUCAAAUGCUCAGCUCCCAAGUACAUUGAUUACCUAAUGACCUGGGUGCAGGACCAGCUCGAUGACGAGACACUCUUCCCAUCUAAGAUAGGUGUCCCGUUCAAGCGAAACUUCAUGUCGGUGGCUAAGACCAUCCUGAAGCGCCUGUUCAGGGUCUACGCCCACAUCUACCACCAGCACUUUGACUCUGUGAUGCAGCUGCAGGAGGAGGCCCACCUAAACACCUCGUUCAAACACUUCAUCUUCUUCGUUCAGGAGUUUAACUUGAUUGACAGGAAAGAGCUGGUCCCACUACAGGAUUUGAUUGAGAAGCUGACCACCAAGGACAGAUAAACCCAGGCUGACUGAUCAUUUUAACUCUGUGAUAGUCUACUAUUCUUUUUGCACAGAUACCCCUUCUGCCCUGCCCUGGCCUAUAUGUAUACAGCAUAUGCUAACUUUGCGAACAUGUUCUCUAGAAAGCCAGGUAAGUAAGGAAGAGUCUUGCACUGUUAUAGGCACUAGGAUAAUACUGUGGGGGAGUUCUAUACUACUGUCUGAGCCGGUAUGUGCUCUAUAGUUGGAUGUACUCUGUGGUUUUAAUUAGGACGCAUCCCUAAAACUGAAAUAACUAUGUAUUGACAUCCUCUGUUUGUUGUUUAUUUACAGUACCAGUCAAAAGUUUGGACACACCUACUCAUUCAAGGGUUUGUCUUUAUUUUUUACUAUUUUCUACA